AUGGUUUGUUCAUUCAUGGAGAUGGACAGCAUUCAGCCUAACCAGGCUCUCCUCGACGCCAGCGAUCCCACAGAGCGUCAUUUUGCUGCCACACACAAGCGCUCGACGGACGGGGUGUACGUCGUCGAGUAUCACUUCAAGGAGAAGGCAACGCCUAUUGAUUCGACCUUGCCACAGGCCAUCAAUCGCUUCUUCUCGCUGGAACGCAAAUUUCGUCGGUAUCCAGAAUUGAAGCAGCAGUACGAAGCUUUCCUGGACGACUACUUGCAACGUGGACAUAUGGAACAACUGACCUCGGCUCAGGUUGAGGAGUCCCCAGACACCUGCAUCUAUUUGCCGCACCACGCUGUCAUCAAACUGGACAGUCUGACUAACAAAUGUCGUGUAGUUUUUGAUGGAUCAGGAAAGGACAGCUCUGGAGUAUCGCUCAAUGACAGACUACAUAUUGGUCCACCGAUUCAACGCGAUCUUCUUGGCCGCAUUGUUUGGCGCACGACUGAGAAUGAACCUCUGCUUCAUUUUCGCCUGCUGCCGGUUACCUACGGAUUGGCACCGUCACCAUUUCUGGCUGUUCGAGUUCUAAAGCAACUUGAUGACGAUCAUGGCCAUGAAUACCCUGCAGCAGCUCACGCUCUUCUGCACGAUGCCUAUGUGGACGAUAUCCCUACAGGCGCCAACACAUUUGAGGAGCUUAUGAUUCUCGAGGACGAGCUUAUAGCCCUCUUGGAUAAGGGAAAAUUCAAGCUACGCAAAUGGAGUUCUAAUAGUUGGCGUCUUCUAAAAUCAUAA